UACAGGAGAUGACCAGAGACUGCAGACAUAGUACAGGAGAUGACCAGAGACUGCAGACACAGUACAGGAGAUGACCAGAGACUGCAGACAUAGUACAGGAGAUGACCAGAGACUGCAGACAGUACAGGAGAUGACCAGAGAUUGCAGACAUAGUACAGGAGAUGACCAGAGACUGCAGACAUUGUACAGGAGAUGACCAGAGACUGCGGACACAGUACAGGAGAUGACCAGAGACUGCGGACACAGUACAGGAGAUGGCCAGAGACUGCGGACAUAGUACAGGAGAUGGCCAGAGACUGCGGACACAGUACAGGAGAUGACCAGAGACUGCGGACACAGUACAGGAGAUGACCAGAGACUGCGGACACAGUACAGGAGAUGACCAGAG